UUUGUUGUGGAAGUGACGUCGGUUAGAAUAGUCUGUGUUGUGUGUCUCAGUUGGAUCUGUAUUAAGGAAGAGCGGAGAAUGGCGGGCCUGUGGAGAUCCUAUCAGGCUCUGAUGACCAGGCAUCCAUGGACUGUCCAGAUAAUCACAGCCGGCACGCUGGUGGGGGUGGGUGAUGUCAUCUCCCAGCAGGUGCUUGAGAGGCGGGGUCUGGCCAAUCACAACGUGACACGGACGGCCAAGAUGAUGAGCAUCGGAUUCUUCUUUGUCGGGCCUGCAAUAGGUGGCUGGUACAAGGUUCUGGACAAGCUGUCACUGGGGACUAAAAGUGCUGCCAUGAAGAAAAUGCUUUUGUUUUUUCUUGUCAUGUAUCAACAGUUGGGCUUUGCACCGUGUUUCCUGGGUGCCUUCCUGGGGAUCUCUGGAACCUUGAAUGGACUGACUGUGGAGGAGAACGUUGCCAAGCUCAAGAGGGACUACACAGAUGCCUUGAUCUCAAAUUACUAUCUAUGGCCUGCAGUCCAGAUUGCCAACUUCUAUUUUAUCCCACUGCACCACCGAUUGGCUGUGGUCCAGAUUGUAGCUAUCGGCUGGAAUUCCUACUUGUCCUGGAAARCCAAUAAGAUGUGAUGGAUAUUUCAGGACCCGCCCUACCUCACACAUAUAGGACUAUCAAUGAGACUUUUACACCUGCAAAUAGUGUGAUACACGGAAUCCAGAAAGCUGUGAAUCGCACACUAAGUUAGCAGUCAGGAAAAAAAUUGUUAACAAACACUAUGAAAUAUUCAAACUUGGGGAAAAAAGAAACUUGAAACUCAAACUUUUGCAUAGUGAAAGAUUUUUGUGAAAUUUUGUCACAUCUACACUACUGGUCAAAAGUUUGGACACACCUACUCAUUCAAGGGUUUUUCUUUAUUUUUACWAUUGAAAUAAGACAU